AACAAACCAACAGGUCUUUCCUGCAGCUUUUUGUGAUAUGUUUCGACCAUUAACAGUCAAAUUUCUAUCAACUUUUACCAAUAAAUUAAUUAAUCGAGGUUUAACGAAGUCUUCCAUCAACAUGGCUCGUCCAAAUAUUUACCUAACUCGACCUGAUAUCGCUCCCGAAGCUAUUGAAAUGUUAAAAUCUGAAUGUGACGUCACAAUAUGGAAUAAACCUUCUCCCGUGCCUCGCGACGAACUUUUAGCAAAUAUCAAGGACAAAGAAGCUCUUUAUUGCACACUUUGUGACAAAAUCGACUCUGUUCUUCUCGAUGCCGGCUCAAAAUUGAAAGUAAUUUCAACUAUUAGUGUCGGUUACGAUCACAUCGACGUCGCGGAAUGCAAAAAACGUGGAAUUCGCAUCGGAUAUACGCCGGAUGUCUUGACAGAUGCAACAGCAGAACUCACCAUGGCACUUCUUCUCUCAACAGCACGUCGAUUAUUUCAAGUAAACAAAGAAGUUUUCAAGCCAAACGGGAUUUGGGCAACGGAAGGCGAGGAAAAUUGCGGGCAGGGCAUUCGAAAUUCCGUCGUUGGCAUCGUUGGAUUUGGUCGAAUCGGGCAUGAAGUUGCUCGGAGAUUGAUUCCUUUCAAGCCUCGGGAGAUUUUGUACUUUAAUCGUUCGGAAAAAGCUGAAUGGGCUCGAGAAGUUGCCGCGAAAAAAGUUUCUUUCGAUGAAUUACUCGAAAAAUCCGAUUUUGUUGUUUCCACAAUUGCCUUGAACGAAGAAACGAAAAAUUUGUUCAACGCUGAGACUUUUUCCAAGAUGAAAUCGAGUGCAGUUUUUGUCAAUACAGGUCGAGGAGGCGUCGUUGAUGAAGAAGCUUUGUACGAGACGUUGAAAAAUAAUCGAAUUUAUGCUGCUGGUUUGGAUGUGACGCAAGUUGAACCUUUGCCGUUGAACUCAAAGUUGUUAACUCUCGAGAAUUGCAACAUUUUGCCGCAUAUCGGAUCGGCUGAGGUUGAAACUCGAGCUGAAAUGGCAAAAAUUGCUGCUGAAAAUCUCCUGAAAGGGUUGAAGGGAGAAAAAAUGGUUGCUGAGUUGUAAUUUAAUUGCUUUAAAAAAUUAUUUGAAAAGAA